GCGCUCCCAGCAUCUGAGCUCCUGCUUCUUUCCCUCCUGGAUGUGUGACUUGCCCUGCAAUUUCUUUCUAUUACAGCUCUGAACCUGGAUAAUUUUUUUCUUUAUUAUUAUUGCUCCUUUUCCCUUGCACAUGUAGCUGUGCCUGGCAGCUCUCUCAGCUCCCAACUUCAUGCUGUGCGCUAGAAUAGAGAGCUAUUUCCAAAGACUAGAAUCACCCAGCCCUCCUCCUGCUUCCAUUCAAAGAGACACAGAAGCCAAGGGAGGGGAACGGGCUGUGAUGCCUAUUACCUAUGAAGAAAUCAGCUGGUGCCUUUCUCUGUCUGGUCUUCCUCCCUCUUCAGUUCCAGGACUUUGAGCAGCUACAGCCAGUAGCUGCAGGGAGAUGCAGCUGACUAAAGAUGCGAUGAAUCCCGUAACCAGCUCCAAGGCUACCUGACAGAGGUCAAUGGCUGCUUAGCAAGGGGCUGCAUGAUUAUGCAGAUAGAUCAACAUGCCUCUAGCAGACUGGUUUCUCCGCCACUCAGUUACUAUGUGGGUGCUCCUCCAGAGCUUUGUUCUGAUCGCUUUUUGCUUCCAUUCAGCUACCACUUUCCCAAAGGGUUGCUACCAUGCAGAAGAAAAUGGCUACAAAACCAUCCGCUGUAGCAAUGCUCAGCUUGUGGAGAUCCCUAAAAACAUCCCCAAUGACACCAGAAAGCUCUUCCUGGACUUCAAUCACAUCACUUUCCUCCCCCAUGAUGCCUUUCGGAACUUGCCAUUAUUGCUGGAAUUGGAUCUGUCCCACAAUGCCAUUACCAGGAUGGAGAUUGGGGCUUUCAGGGGCCUGUUGGAGAACUUGCAUUCCUUGGACUUGUCCUCAAACAAGCUGGUGUCAGUCAACAAGGACGUCUUUAGCAACCUGAAGGCCAAGGUCAAUCUCUCCAGCAACCCUUGGCUGUGUGACUGUAAGCUCCAGGAACUGAUUGGGAAAGUAGACCUGAUGGCUGGCUCCUCAGGGGGCAUUGUAUGUGAUUCCUCUGCCCAGGAGGAGCAUGUUGGCAAACCAUUCCUGCAGCUGAUCACAGAUAUGGACUUCUGCAGUGUUUACAAAAGGACCACAGACAUAGCCAUGCUGGUCACCAUGUUCGGCUGGUUCGCCAUGGUGAUCUCAUACUUGGUGUACUAUGUCCGGCAGAACCAGGAAGAUGCCCGGCGUCACCUCGAGUACUUAAAGUCCUUGCCUAGCAAGCAGAGGAAGUCAGAAGAGUCUUCCACCAUCAGCACAGUGGUGUGAUUGACUAAACUUUCCCUCUCUGCCACAUCCCACCAAACUGAGGUACCCAGAUGAAUCCAUGGACAGACUGCCACUGCAUUUAAUGGGCUUUCUCUCAGCUCCAGGGACAUGCAAUGUUAUUAAACAUAAUCAACAACAAUAACAAUAAUAAUAAUAAUAAUAAUAAUAUUUUUUUUUAUCUCUGGAAAAUAACAGAUGGCUUCAGGAGACCCAGCCUAGCCCACCCAUGCUUGCUCAAAACAAAAUGGGAGCAAAAGUGGCUUGUUUUUUUUCCAAGAUUUUGCAGGACAAGAGCCAAGAUGGCUCCAAUACUGAACAACUAGCAAGUAACGAGUGGAUGCAGGAGGGAUUUGGGCAUCUGUUUAUUGUGCUGAUUUACAAAGGGAAAACAAAAGAAACAUGGAGUGUUCUCCUCAAACAUUCAGUAAUUACUCGAACUAGUCCCCUUUCAGCUGUUAAACUUCAUUUAAAAAGUGUUUUAUUUACUUUACAGAAAUCUAUCAGGGCAUUUUUAGAAAAUCAAUGUUUCAGCUACUCUCUGGCUUCUUCCUUUGCUGUCGGCAAGGGAUGUUUCCAGCAACCCUGGGAAAACCCUGUGAUAUUGCAGAAUACUUGAAAAUUGGAGAAUAGUAUUUUAGCUGAACUGUACACUUCUCUUGGCUUUGAGGAAUGCUGUGCAUCAGGUUUAAGGCAGAUCUCAAGUGCAGGAGAGUGGUAUGGGCUAAUCUCCAUCAGGAUCAUGAAUUCAAACUGUACUUAAAACAUUGUUUCCUUCUUCCUUCUAAGGGCCAGUAAAUUCAACAGGAGCAGAGUUUGUUCAGCUUCUCCAAAGCUUUGGCCUUACGAGAGAUGCAAAGAAGAAAGGGAUUCUGUUCUUAGAGAUGGCUGAAUCUGUUAGGAUAAAAUAAAAACCUUUCCCUGCCCCUAAAAUGCUCCCCCUCCCCUUCACCCCAGCCUUUCUUGUAGAAGCAAAUCAGAAAUGAACUCGUCAGUGUUCUGGAAUGUUUAUUAUACUUUCACGGACUGGAACUAGAUAAUGUCAAAAUGCCAUGUGAAAAGCCAUUCUCACAGCUAGCUUAGCCAUAGCAGCCACACUGAAAAUUACCCAAGGGAACUUGCCCUUAUGAGAUUUUUCCCCUGUCUACAGGCCAGAAGAGUCCCAUUUUGAGGCUUGGAUGCAGUCAUGGGCAGGAGAUGCACACAGCAGGUACAGGUAUUUGAAUGAACCCUGUCCUGGUGUGUGAUUUGGCAUGUGCAGUGAGACAGGGAAUGCCUGAUGGUAUAUGAGCAUCUCUUUUUUUAAUGUAUGGGUGCCAGACCUGAAAAAUGUAUAGAUUGAGCCUGAAAUCUUACCCACCCCACCACCUGCCCUCCAUCCCAAUUGUAAUGUUGUGCAGUGAUUAAAACUGUAGGGUUUGGGGAAGGGCUUUCUGUGGUUCAACCCUUUACAAGUCAGCCUGCCUCAUAGCAAGCCAUUCUCCCGGCUCCUUACACAUAAUCUGUGGCUUUUACUUCCCCAGUGGCUAUUGGUCAUGGCUGAAAGACCUUGCAUUGAACUGGGGGUAUUCCUCACCAUCCUGCACUUAAUGGCCACCAGAAGAAAGGACUUUGGUCAUCGUGUUUACCUUAGGACUCACAAGUUUGUCGACCUAUCACUGUGACAACAAGUUGGGAGAAGGACAGAUGCAGUGUGUUAAAAUAGGAAGCCAUGUUAAGUUCUCUCUCUGUCCCCCUGCUGGCAAGUGGUCUCAAGCUCUCCUAACUCAAGAAAAAACCCAACAGCUCUUCUCAGCAUUUUCAGUAUUGGGCUAUAACAUUCUCUCCUUUUGUGUUGAGAAACAAUGCUAUAACUUUUUGUGAUUAAAGAGGGUCCUGAACCGUGAUGUUUUAGAGCUCAAUUGGCUUGUCUCCCAGGCUUAGGUUAUGUGUAUGUGCACAUUUGGAUCAGAAGUUUUGAUUUGGCCUUUGAUGGGAGGAGGAGAGGGGAGGGUGUCAGCUGCUAAGUUUGAAUCCAGAUUCAGCUGGUCUUUAAAGAAAAGAAGGUCACGCAGAACAAAAAUCUUAAAAGUAACAGCUGGACCUAUUGCCGGUCCAAGGGGAAAAAGCCAUACAGCUGUUUUGCAUGGUUCAUACAUAUUACACAAACAAGAUAACUUGCCAUAAUGCAACGAAGGCAUGGAAUACAGCUCCUUGAAGUAAGGCUUUGCCCUGAUUUCAGUAGACUUUGAAUCUAGCCCCAAAUCUCCCCCCCUUGCUUAUGUAGUUCUGAAAGCAACCUGACAAUAUAUUAGACCCUUUUAUUGCUAUUAUUAUUACUAUUACAGACAGGCUUUCUGCUGCAAAAUCUGGAUUCAGAUCCUAAUGAAUUAAUUUUUGCAACACUUGGGAUGUUUAGCUAUGGGGCCUCGGUUCAGAUCCUUCUUUAUUUUUUCAAUCACCUGUUGAGAUCAAAUUAUCCAGAAUUGUCAGCAACAAUCUUUGAAUAUUGGGAGAGCAUGAGACGGCAAAUCUUCAAAUGAUGUGGAAGAGAUUUAGAGGCAGGAAGCAGCAGAAGGUCACUUGGUGCUCCUGAGCAGAACUGAUAUCCCACGCACAAAUGGCCUCCAAGCUCAGAUACAGUCAGAGCUGCUCAGAUAUAUUUAGAAGUGCCUACUUUCCAAACCUUUCCAGGUUUCCUGCACCACGCACAAACAUCUUUUGAUACUGUCUGAAGGCACCUGUGUGCUUCCCCUGGGCUGCGCAUUGACGGCAAAGACCAUUGAACAAAUGAUUCCUUUUUAGAUCGAUGCUUUGUCCUGCAUGGAAGUGUGAACGUGGCUGAUUAAAUGAAAUAGAUUGUUCAUGUGACAAAUGAGAACCAAACAUGAAUGAACUGCAUAUUCUACCCCUUCCCCUCACCACAUCCACAUGCACACGCACACGCACUCCACAUUCCCCUCUAUGCUCUGUUACCAAAUCCCAGACGAAUUCUCAUCUGCUGGGUUGCCUGGUUUAAAACACUGAGGUCAGGGCAUCCUCACCAAGUGGGAGAAUGUCUUGAUAACAUCUGACUAAAUGAUGUGUUGUGUUUAAAUCGGCCUUUUACAUUCUUAC